AUGGCUACCCCUAGCGUUCUCACCUUUGAUGCUGAGGUUCGGGCUGUUGACUUUGAGAUCUGGGUCGAUGAUCCACAGCUUUUCCUACAGUGCGAUAGGAAAGAUGGUCUCUCAUUGUUCGAUCUCACAUCUGGCGCCUCUGCUGCCCCUGUUGCCGAUGCUGACAGCACUGUUCGCUCACACUGGGCCACACGCAAUGUUGCUGCCCGUCUUGCUGUGCGUAGUGACGUGUCGUCCACUGAGCGCGCGCACUUUAGUCAGUACAAGAGUGCUAAGACCUUGUACGACGCUGUAGUUGCACGCUACUCUUCCCCUACCACUGCUGCCCUUAGCCGCCUCAUGCUGCCGUACAUGUUCCCUGACCUCGCCGCCUUUCCCACUGUCGCUGACCUCAUUAAGCACCUUUGCACUAGUGACACCCGCUACCGCGCUGCGCUUCCUGCUGAGUUCUGCACCAAGAACCCCCCCCCCCCCCCCCCCCCCAUGUACAUCACCCUCUAUUACAUAGUCACUCGGCUCCCUGACUCCCUUCGCUCGGUCAGGGGCCACUUCCUCUCUGUUUGCCCCACCACACUCACCGUUGACCUCCUCGAGGAGCGCCUCCUGGCAGUUGAGAAGAGUAUAGUCACUGUAGUAGCCUCUCGUGGUGAGUCUCGUGCCCCCUUCUUUGACGGGUGCUCCCCCUCCCCCCUUUUGCCCUCAGUUGCCUCUGCUGCUGCCGUCGACUUCGUUGGCACCGAGUCGGUCGGCGCUGCGUCUGCCCCUAGCGGGAGACGCCGCACCGGCAAGGGCAAGGGGGGCAAGGGAGCUGGAGGGGCUGGUGGGGGCGGUGGAGGUGGCGGUGGAGGCGCCGGAGGGAGUGGGGGUGGCGAUGCGAGUGGUGGCCGGGGUGGGGGCUUCAGUGGCGGGGGUGGGGGCUUCAGUGGCGGCGGUGGAGGCGGAGGCGGCGGCGGCGGUGGCGGUGGGAGCGGAGGAGGAGGCGGUGGCGGCGGUGGCGGAGGUGGCGGCGGCGGAGGUGGAGCUGGUCGGGGUGGCUCUGCGCAGUGGAGCGGCUUUGGUGGUGGUCACCGCCAGCAGCAGCAGCGCACUCGUGACACCCUGCCCCCCCAGCAGCUUCGUGAGUGGUACGCUGCGCGUCAGCAGGGUGGGGGUGCUGGUCCUUGUGCCUACAUCCUGCGUACCGGCAACCGCACUGGUGAGCAGUGCAGUGGCCCGCACACCACCCAGCGCUGCUUCGGCCGCCUGACGGACGGUUGGCGUCUUCAGUUCCCUGGCGCCAACGAGACCCCCCGCUGGGGUGAGCUGCUUAGGUCGGGGGUUGCUAUCUUUGAUAUGGAUUAUGAUGCCAUUCUUGCUGCCAUGUAUGUGCUGGUGAGGCUGCUGCUCUAG